GUUGCACUCCCUGUUAUUGCUGGGAAAAUCUUGUUGAGUGAUGUUAUUUUGCUACACCCCCAGUGCCGCUCUCACAGCUCACCCUUCUCACCGUCUUUAUGAUACCAUAGGUCUCGGCCUUGUAUUGGUUUUUCUCUUUGUCUACCCAUCUCAAGCAAUUGGUUUUGUUUACUUUUGAGAUAGCCGUCUCGAAUGAACACCCUGGAACAACGUCCUUGCUUCGGCUGUACAAUAUACUCGUCGUUUGUGUCUGCUUGGGCAGCUUCGAUCUAGCAUCCACCCCAGCUAUUUCUCAACUGGAAGUGCGAACCUUCCCGUCGUCUCUUGAAGCAGCCGCAGUAUCGCUGGACCUUCUUAGCCAGCCGUGUGAGAGAAAAGAGGGAUCAAAUUGCAGCGAAAGGAGGAAAAUAGCGUCAACAUUCCAAAACAGAUUUACUGCUCAAUUGGCGGCCUAUUACAAUUUACCUAUCUCAUUGAGUUCCACACGCGGGAGAAUCCCGUCAAUUGAGAACCACCGUUUCCGAGGAUCGGCUUGAAUUUCGCUGUUCCUCAAUCCUGUCAUGUCCGCUCAACAUUCACCGUCGUCAGAGAGCCCGGGGGCUGAGGAUAAUAGGCGGAAGAGAGUGUGCAAAGCCUGCGAUAGAUGUCGAAUGAAAAAGUCAAAGUGUGAUGGCAACAGUCCCUGUCAGAGAUGUAAGUCAGAUAACACGAUAUGUAAGUUUGGAGAACGAAAGAAAGCUCAAGACAAGGUGUACCCAAAAGGAUACGUCGAGAUGCUAGAAGAGCAGCAAAAGCAGCUGGUUGCUGGCCUGCAGCAACUCUAUCGGCGCGCGCGAGACGGCGAGGGUUGGCCAGGCUCUCCUCUAAGGGAGUUCAACGGCCGACCCUUAACCCACGACAUACUCGAGGGUUUAGGAGUCUUGAAGGACGGAGAAGUGGCGGACGAGCAUUUCGAGGAUGACCUGUCUGUGUUGCAACAGCGCUUACUUGCCAGCGGUUCCGGGGUAAUGCGAAGACGAGAUUCGUCCGAUGCGAGUUCAAACGGCGACGCUUCCCCGACGUUUACUAAAAGUAUGCACGGUGGAGCUCCCUUUUCGGCGACCAACAUGCCUCCUACACCCCCUAAUUACAGUCCCUAUUCCCGAUCGCAACAAAUAACAACGCAAGCAAACAUAUCACCGACACUACCACAGCAAUCAACGUCGAUACCACAUCCUCAUGCCCAGGCAUCGGAAUUUCAGGCAUCCUUCGCACAACGACAAGCCUUUUUUGGAGCUCCAGCUAUUGCUGUACCCCGCCAUCCGUCAUGGGACCAGGUCCAUGGCAAUGGGCUAGAUAUAGGACCACCCGGUUUAAUACAUGGCUUUGAUCCACCGUUGUCGGGCGAUAGUAUGGACUACUUCCAACGACCUGCAGCCUCCAUCUCAACGACAUUAACCCAUGGACCCAUCGGUCCCUUACACGGACAAACCGAGUGGAUAGAUGAAGAAUUCCAAAAGCUUUUCAACCCCAGCCCAGUUUGACCAACACAAUUUAUGUUGCAACCUAGAUCUUGCAGUCUCGUUUCCGUGACCGCUUGUGUAUUUUAUUCGAGCACUUCGCCGGAGUGGUGAAGCACAUGUUAUUCUAUGACCUGGUGCAUAGCGGGUUCUGGUUCACGCUGAUUUCGCCUCUCUUGGAUAAUGGUUUUCUUCUCUUCUGAUCUUGCUCCUUUUUGAUACCCGUCGACUAUUUUUCCAGUUGUAAAAGUACCUAUCGUUGGUCUCCACUUCGCCAAGAUGAUAUCACCAUUUGUGCAGUGCAACUUCAAAAAUUCUAAUCAUCCUUGCCGAUGUGGUUGCAGGGCUGAGACCUCAGGAUGAUUCAUCAGCGAGGCGAAGCGUGGGGGCCUUCCCAGCCCCACAUGAGCUGCGCGCAGCAAACUCGCUUGUGGCUUGCCUCUCCCUUGGCAAAAUCUCGACAUUCCUGCUGCCGUUUUCGAACCCCGUCUUCGUGUUGAACCCCCCCCCCCCCAGGCGCUCAGCUAUUUGUUGCCCUGGAUUCGAGUUCGACGAUCGCAGGAAGCUGGACAUGGGCAGAUUCGUCGAAGCCCCUGAUCCUAUUAUUGAUAGUUUCUCCAAUUCCCGCAAAUUCGAUAAUGUCUAGUCCCACAUUAAUGAUCUGGGGGAAAGUGUGUGUACACAAGAUUUACACCGCAGAGAGGCCGCAAUAGAGUUCAAGGCUUUUGGAGUGAAAAUGACAGCGACAAGGUCUUGAUAACGAUUUGGGUUCUAUUCACCGUUUCUUGGGCAGGAGUCGCUCAUUCUGGUUCCCAUCGUUAUAAUUUGUUCUUAGCCAUGGCUAAACGAUGUUUUAACGCAUUGGGACAACUAACCACCCGAUGCGAUAGACGAGGCUCCGUACCUGCGGAUGGAGGAGCUACCAUAAUGUAAUCUACCUGGUUCCAAAUAAUUGUACGGAGUAGUUGACAAUAUUAAACGAUAAUAUCCACUCAGUUGAGUUAAUCGUACCUUCUUUGCCGUCAGUAUUCGGCAAAUAAGUUCAAGGAUAAAUCGGCAAAGAA